AUGAACAGCUUAGUGGCCAACACAACCGUGGUCGUUUGGUAUCAAGACUCCCUCUCUACAGCUGUGACCAAGAAUGUGAUCGUCGUGUGUCUCGGGAUCUCCAUCAACUACAUCAAUGCCUGCCUCUUCCACACCUUCAGCAAACACCAGAUCUUCUACAGAAACUCUCGGUACAUCCUCUUCAUUCACCUGGUGGUCAACGACAUGAUCCAGGUGACGCUGACUAUAACCCUGUUCAUCAUCAGCUACACCAUCCACAGUGUGCAUGUCCCCGUCUGUUGGGUCAUAAUCCUGCUGGCUCUCUUUGCCACCGAGAACACGCCUCUCAACCUGGCCUGCAUGGCGGUGGAGUGCUACAUCGCCAUCUGCAUGCCGCUGCGCCACGUGCAGAUCUGCACCGUCAGGAGAACGUUGGUGCUGAUCGGUUUGAUCUGGUUUACAAGCGUGUUGUCCGUACUUCCUGAUCUCUUCAUCACAUUGGCCACCGAGCCGCUGGACUUCUUCGGCUCCCAGGUGUUCUGCCUCAGAGAAACAGCCUUUCCAAAUCCGCUCAUAAUCAAGAAGAGAGACGUCAUCCAUUCAGUGCUUCUCGUUACAGUUUGGAUCACUAUCUUCUUCACUUACUUUAAGAUCCUGUUCACGGCUAAAGCAGCGAGCAAAGGUGCUAACAAGGCCAGAAAUACCAUCCUGCUGCACGGGUUCCAGCUGCUGCUGGGAAUGGCAAAAUACAUCGGCCCUCCAUUAUUAUCUUUUCUAGGCAAAAGGUUUCCUCGGAAUUAUACAGACAGUCUCUUUGCUUGUUAUAUUAUUGUACAAAUCCUGCCCAGGUCCAUUAGUCCGAUUAUUUACGGCAUACGAGACAACACCUUCAGGAGGUACCUGAAAAGGUAUCUGUUUUGUAAAGUCACCAUCCAGUAA